GACGUGUUUGGUGAUGACUCCGAGGUAUCCAAGGAAUCUUCCGGCGUCAAGAAGCGGCGCAUCCCACGAUUCGAGGAGGUUGAGGAUGAGCCCGAGGUCAUUCCGGGCCCGCCAUCGGAGAGCCCCGGCAUGCUGACCAAGCUGCAGAUCAAACAGAUGAUGGAGGCAGCCACCCGGCAGAUUGAAGAGAGGAAAAAGCAGCUGAGUUUCAUCAGUCCUCCAGCCCCGCAGCCAAAAAUUUCUUCUUCGUCCCAAUCGGAGCGUCUCCCCAUCGGCAACACGAUCCAGCCCUCCCAGGCAGCGACGUUCAUGAACGACGCCAUCGAGAAGGCCAGGAAAGCGGCGGAGCUGCAGGCCCGGAUCCAGGCUCAGCUGGCCCUGAAACCGGGGCUGAUCGGCAACGCCAACAUGGUGGGGCUGGCCAACCUGCACGCGAUGGGGAUCGCGCCGCCGAAAGUGGAGCUGAAGGAUCAGACAAAGCCCACGCCACUGAUCUUGGAUGAGCAAGGCCGAACUGUUGACGCGACUGGUAAAGAGAUUGAGUUGACUCACCGCAUGCCAACCCUAAAAGCAAACAUCCGAGCCGUGAAGAGAGAGCAGUUCAAACAGCAGCUUAAAGAAAAGCCCUCGGAAGAUAUGGAGUCGAACACUUACUUUGACCCCCGGGUCUCCAUAACCCCAGCCCAGCGUCAGAAACGCACCUUUAAGUUCCAUGAAAAAGGCAAAUUUGAGAAAAUUGCCCAGAGGUUGCGAACGAAGGCUCAGCUGGAAAAGCUGCAGGCGGAGAUCUCGCAGGCUGCCAGGAAGACGGGGAUACACACUUCCACCAAGUUGGCUCUUAUUACCCCGAAGAAGGAGCUGAAAGAGGGGGAGAUCCCGGAGAUAGAGUGGUGGGACUCCUACAUCAUCCCCAACGGCCUCGACCUAAAAGGUGGAACGUCCUCAAAGAGAGACGAGUACUUCGGGAUCACAAACCUCGUGGAGCACCCGGCGCAGCUCAACCCGCCAGUGGACAGCGACACGCCAGUGACCCUGGGUGUUUAUUUAACCAAGAAAGAGCAGAAGAAAUUACGGCGACAGACUCGGAGAGAAGCGCAGAAGGAGCUGCAAGAGAAAGUCAGGCUGGGCCUGAUGCCACCGCCAGAGCCCAAAG